AAAGGAAAGGUAUAGGGAGCCCAAUUCAUUUGCACUUUUAAACUCAAGCUUUGACAAAGGCUAAGAAAGAGCAAGGGAAGAGAAAGCAAGAGCGUGGUUAGUCCAUCCAGGGAGAAAGUGCACACUGGUAAUUUGCUCAGCUUUGCAGACCUCAGCUGGGCAUAUCCAGAUCCCCAAAAGGAAGAUCAUUCCUCACCCAGGCCCAAGAAAGAUGCUGAAAAAGACUCUCCCAGGGGUGACCUGGCUCUGCAUUUUCAUCAUGGCCUUUGUCAGCCCCCCAGCGUGGCCACAGAAGCCCCCGAAACGCAAAACACCCGUGCAGCUCCAAGUGGCCACCUGCUGUGAGGAGGCGAAGGAGUUCAAGGCCCAGAUCACCAAUCUAAGCAGCCUGCUGAGUGAACUGAGCCAGAAGCAGGAGAGGGACUGGGUCAGCGUGGUCAUGCAGGUGAUGGAGCUGGAGAGCAGCACCAAGCGCAUGGAGUCACGGCUCACAGACGCGGAGAGCAAGUACUCGGAAAUGAACAACCAGAUUGACAUUAUGCAGCUGCAGGCGGCCCAGACUGUCACCCAGACCUCGGCAGAUGCCAUCUAUGACUGCUCGUCCCUCUACCAGAAGAACUACCGCAUCUCUGGAGUGUACAAGUUGCCUCCUGAUGACUUUCUGGGCAGCCCCGAGCUGGAGGUGUUCUGUGACAUGGAGACGUCAGGCGGCGGCUGGACCACCAUUCAGAGACGAAAGAGUGGCCUUGUUUCCUUCUACCGGGACUGGAAGCAGUACAAGCUGGGCUUUGGCAGCAUCCGUGGGGACUUCUGGCUGGGAAAUGAGCACAUCCACCGGCUGUCCAGACGGCCAACCCGGCUACGUGUGGAGAUGGAGGACUGGGAGGGCAGCGUGCGCUACGCGGAGUACAGCCACUUCGUCCUGGGCAACGAACUGAACAGCUACCGCCUCUUCCUGGGGAACUACAGCGGCAACGUGGGAAACGACGCCCUGGUCUACCACAACAACACGGCCUUCAGCACCAAGGACAAGGACAAUGACAACUGCUUAGACAAGUGUGCACAACUCCGCAAAGCUAUCUCCAAGGGGAGGACGAGCUCGGCGUCCCAGCCCCGGUCUGUUUCUCGUGCCAGGUGGCUACUGGUACAACUGCUGCACAGACUCCAACCUCAACGGAGUGUACUACCGCCUCGGGGAGCACAACAAGCACCUGGAUGGCAUUACCUGGUACGGGUGGCACGGGUCUGGCUACUCCCUCAAACGGGUGGAGAUGAAAAUCCGCCCAGAAGACUUCCAGCCCUAAGAGGAGGCCUGCUGCGGGGCAGGGGUGGGAAAAUGGGGACAAAUGGAAGCUGGGUGAGGGCGGGGGAAGGGCAGGAAGAGGGGAGAGAAAGGUAGGGGUGGAAAGAUGGAAAAUGGCCUACAAUCACCAAUGAGAGAGUCAGGAGCAUAAUCAAAUUUAAGUACAAGGGUGUCACCUAAAUGGGAUGAAUUAUUUGAACACAAUGGGUUAUCACACAUACUUCUCAGGGGGCUGGCCCAAGGGGGCUCUCUGUCUGUGAUCCCUGACAGACACUAAAAUCUCCUUUCCAUUUGAUUUUUUCUGUGAAAGAAAAGUAAUUAUGACAUCACUUUACCUAUUCAGUUGAAGGCCUAGGUGUAUGAGGGCAGAAAACAGAUUCCUCACCUAAAAAAGAACCCUGUAAUUUUGAUCGUCAAGGAGGGGUCUUGGGUGUUAGAGAAAGGCAUGGAGGAGAGUUUUGACUUUUCAAAUCUGAUGAAAUUACCUUUGGUCUACACAUUUUUUUUUUUUAAGACAGAAAUUGUUCCACUGGUGGUGGGCUGAGCCAGGCUGGACUUGCUCAGAGGGAUCUCUGGGGACCCAGGCCUGGUGGCAGGCCUUUAGCAACUCCCUGCUCUGCCUCUAUCAGGGUGAAAUGCUGAAAGGCAGAAGUGGGUCUAAGGGUGGCUGGGGAGUUCCAGCAGGAGGUGGGGAGAAGUCCCUCGGGGAUGCUUGCACAAAACUGCCUUAAAAUGGUCAGUCAAUACAGAUAUAUCUAUUUUUAUUUUUUACUUUGUAAGAAAAGGGCUCGAAGAGCUUUCUCUUUUAACUUGUCUAUAAAAAGUGGCUGCAAAAUGAAGGUAAAUGACACUAUGGUUAAUAAUUCAUGCUGUAUAUAAGUACUUUGCUUUGUAAAAAUAAAAUACUGUAGUAUGUUGUAAACAUCUGGA